GCUAGUAUGUUUACGUCGUGGACUGACCAGGAAGUGAAUUGUAAAUACACGCCAACGAUCACAUUGGUCAUAAAUCUUUGCGCUGUGUAUGUAACGCUUUGAUUAUUUUUUUCGACGCAAACUGUGCAUCGUUAUCCAGUGUUUAGUUUAUUGUUUUCUGUAGCAACGUCACCGCAUCAAUGAGCACUAGAAGCCAUACGUGUCUGAUAAUGACAGGUCUGGCCUCAGUAGUCUUCCUCAUGAUGGUGUUGUACGGCGUCUUUAGCCCCCAGCAAGCUAGCCGUUCCAUUCUCAGUCAGGACUACCAGCUGCUUGGUAGGCCGUUGUACAAACUGGACCUGAACUGGCCCAAAAACCCUGAAGUGUUCACUGGGAAUGUGUUUGGAGUGGCUGUCAACCAGUAUGCGGGUGUGGUCUAUGUGGCACAGAGAGGUGAUAAUGUGCCCAAGGUGCUGGUGUUUUCAUCAGAAGGUGACUUCCUCAUGUCCUGGAACACAACCACCCUAGAAAUGCCCCAUGGUAUAUUUCUAGCAGAUGCCUUGUCAAACCCGACUAUAUGGAUCACAGAUGUGGGGACUGGGCCGUAUGGUCACAGCAUCAAGCAGUACUCGCCAUCGGGGAGGCUCCUGCAGGUGCUCGGUACACCCGGGAAGGCCGGCUCUGGACUCAACCCUUUGCAGUUUGACCAACCAGCUGAGAUCUUCAUCCACCAAUCUGGAGAAAUGUACAUAGUGGACGGUGACGGCGGGAUGAACAAUCGACUCCUGAAAUUGUCUAAAGACCAGGAAGUGUUGUGGGUGCACGGAGAAAAAGGACAAGGGCUCGCUCAGUUCUACAUCCCCCAUAGUGUAACGGUGGAUGCCGCUCAGAGGGUCUGGGUGGCUGACCGUGGUAACAAGAGGAUCCAGGUCUUCAACUCCCUUACGGGGGACUGGCUGGGCUCUUGGGGAAGCUGCUUCACUGAGGAUGCGCCUUACUCAGUCCGCCUGACCCCUAAUAAGAAAUACUUUGUUGUUGUCCAGCUCAAUAGCAAUCAGAUUUCACUCCUUGAGGCGCCCCCGGUGGGUUUGAUCGGUCAGUGCAAGGUGGUCAGUGUGAUUCAAAUGGCGGAUGACGUCAAGCCGCAUCUGGUUGACUUGGACCUCAAAUCAGGGGUGUUGUACGUGGCCGAGAUUGGAGCCCAGCAGGCGCAGAAGUUCAUCCCUUUCAGCCUCGGCGGGCUUUUAUAAAUAAGACAUUGCCAGAUCAUCGCUGGGUAAGCUCAAGUGUCUUCAUGCUUCUCAGUGGUUUCUUUCGGAAAUAUGGGAAUGAAUAUGAAGUUAUCAUAAUGUGUAACAUUGUACCAUGUGUCAAUUUAAAAGCAUUUUCUCAUACUUUCUCCAAACAAAAUGACCCCAAGAGCAUGGUGACGACUCAUCCAAGAGGUCACAAAAGACCCCACAACAAAAGCUAUGUAGCUUUGGAUUUUUUUCUCCCUUAAUAAUAAUAAUAUAAUAUUAAUUCAUUCAUUUUCUACCGCUUAUCCUCACGAGUGUCGCGGGGGGUGCUGGAGCCUAUCCCAGCUGUAUUCGAGCGAGAGGCGGGGUACACCCUGGACUGGUGGCCAGCCAACCACAAUGAAAGCCAUUAUCCAAACAAAAUGACCCCAAGAGCGUGGUGACGACUCAUCCAAGAGGUCACAAAAGACCCCACAACAAAAGCUAUGUAGCUUUGGAUUUUUUUCUCCCUUAAUAAUAAUAAUAUAAUAUUAAUUCAUUCAUUUUCUACCGCUUAUCCUCACGAGUGUCGCGGGGGGUGCUGGAGCCUAUCCCAGCUGUAUUCGAGCGAGAGGCGGGGUACACCCUGGACUGGUGGCCAGCCAACCACAAUGAAAGCCAUUAUCCAAACAAAAUGACCCCAAGAGCGUGGUGACGACUCAUCCAAGAGGUCACAAAAGACCCCACAAGAAAAGCCAUGUUGCUUUUAAUUUUUUUCUCCCUUAAUAAUAAUAAUAUAAUAUUCAUUCAUUCAUUCAUUUUCUACACCCUGGACUGGUGGCCAGCCAAUCACAGGGCACAUAUAGACAAACAACCAUUCACACUCACAAUUUGGAUUGGCCAAUUAACCUAGCAUGUUUUUGGAAUGUGGGAGGAAACUGGAGAAAACCCACGGGGAGAACAUGCAAACUCCACACAGAGAUGGCCAAGGGUGGAAUUGAACCCUGGUCUCCAAGCUGUGAGGUCUGCGCGCCAACCACUUGUACACCGUGCAGCCCCAUUUUCUCAUACUAAAAAAAAUCAAAAGAUACAGAGGACCACUUUGAUAUUUUAAUGUUUGUUUUUUUUAAAUGUCAUUUAAUAGGGAAUUAGAAUUUGGAGGUUCCAUUGUAUGUCAUAUGUUCCCAUGUCAAAACCCUCUUAUGAUGUAAACAUUGUCUGAUUACCUUGCCCUAAUAGCUCAUAUUCUGACAUGUUUUACCAUGGUCAAAUUUGAAUGAUUUUUUUCAUCUUCAAUCAUUUUGUAAACUUCAAAGUUGUUAUUAUGAUAGAUUGAUGUUCAGUAAUUUACACGGGGUCUAAUCGGUAUACGUACAGGUGUAAAUAUGUAUUGUGGUGGUCAGGAAGCAGUUACUGCCAUCGGGACGUGCAAUAAGUCUUGUUGAGUCUAGAAAAUGUUAGUCAUGAUGCGCCUUCUGUUGAAUGUACAUUUAAAUGUGUUUGAAUUUGAAUCAUUCACCAUGUAAAUCACUUCUGCUCAUGCAUUUUUAUUGAAUUUAAUGCAUUUCUUUGAAUGCAUUUUUUUUUACGUUGAGUGCCAAAAUAAAUGGUUUGUAUAUCCUGUAAGUCAUAAUUGAUAUGCUUUAUUUGUGAAUGUUCCCUUUUUUAAGUAAAGUAUAUGUUUAUGUAUGUUCAGUUGUUUUUUUAAUUAAA